ACUGACAUACCCCCAGUUUACUUCAGUACUGGGUAUCGUGCAGACCCACGCAGAUCAAACUACAUAAGGCUGACCCCUAAGUCCCUGCCUAAACCUUGGAGGGAAACCCAGCCUAGCUCAAACGGGACCUAUAGACAGUGUUUCAACUAACAGACAUCAGAGAAAAUUAUGUCACACAGCAUGAUGACGACCAAGGAGAGGAAGAUGCAGGCUGCAGCCAUUAUAAGAGAAAUCCAAGGAACUGAGUCCGAUUCCAUGGACCUUGGAAAAAAGAUCAGCACGCCCAAAGACAUCAUGUUGGAAGAGCUAUCCUUGCAGUCCAACAGGGGCUCCAGGCUCUUCAAAAUGCGUCAGCGGAGAUCUGAAAAAUACACUUUCGAAAGCUUCCAGAAUGAAACCAACAUGCAAAUGGAUAACGGUGUUCCUCUUCAAGCUCAGAAUAGCGAAGCAACAGAAAAUGGCAAAGGAGAUGGCAACAGCUUAGAUGUUGGACACUCACCCAAAACACCACCAAAUACACCCGACCCCAGAACCCCACUUAACCCAGACAAUAUUGCUCCAGGAUAUGGUGGACCCUUGAAGGACAUUCCUCCUGAGAGGUUUAAUACCACAGCUGUCCCGAAAUCCUACCACUCUCCUUGGGAACAAGCCAUCAUCAAUGAUCCUAACCUGCUGGAUACUUUACACCCCAAGAUGCCACUGCCUGAACUAAAGCAGGACGGGCAGGAUUUUAAAAGCUUCAACAGAGUGGCUACUCCUUUCGGUGGUUUUGACAAAGGCUCCAGGAUCAUCACGUUCAGCGCACCAGAGAUGGACAUGAGCUUUAUGAAUGCUGCCCUAAAACCCACAGAUUUCCAAGACCUAGUUGGCAAGCGCCCCACUUUCAACAGGACGGCCCAGGGUUGGAUAUCAGAUGGCACCCCUGUUGUCAUCCCUGUUGUGCCUUUUGAAUCCUUCAUCCCUGAGUCUGAUGACCUUUGAAGUGCUAAAAUAACAAAAAGAUCUGAUACCGUACAAUAAAUAUGAUGGUUUGCACAUAAUGUAUCACCCAGUAUGUUGCAGCUGUAUUUAGAGGCAUGCAAUUGUUUAAAUGUGUUAGAUAGACUUUACCGGGAGGGGGGCGGGGGUAUGUUUAAUUCAAAAGGCCCCUAACUGUGAAGUGAAACAAAAUGUGUAUAAAUAUAAUAUAAAUGUAUAUUUUAAUAUUUAAAUACCAUGUUAUUAAAUACCUAUAAAUAAAUAUACUACCAGACGAGGAUUCUUUUUUUUUAUAUAUAUAUAUAAUGAAGAACAGCAAGUAAAUUGAAUGUCUUGUAUGAUACAUUUUUUUGGGGGGGGGGAGGUUGUGUGUUAGUGGCCAUGACUUUUUUGUAUAAGAAAUUAUAUGAGAGUGUCUUUGGCUUUUAGAUAACAUUUGCAUAUGAGAACUUAACUGUAUUUUAGCAUAAAAUGAUGAUACUGUUCACAGAAGUACACCACUGGUAUCAUUCAAGUAUACGUCAAUAUAUGAGUACUAACAUUGUAAAAGAUUUUGAAUAAAUGCCUGCAUUAAGAUACUGGGA